GAUUUGACAGAACGAGUUUCUGAAGAUACAUUAAAAUAUUCGACGGUUUUUAUUGACUAACCUAAACGACGUAAACUGUAUUAGAGUGAUAUCAGUCGAUCAGAAGUUAAAAAUUCGAAAUCAUUUCUAAAUUAGUUGAAUGUGCUGUGACUUCCAUCUGCGAUCAUCGUUGCUUUUUAUGCUGUGCAAUUGACGUGUUUCCAUAACGUAAAUUUAAAUUAAACGAAAGGACAAAAAAAAAUCGAAAACAAGCCGCUAGAAGCAUGGAGCCAAUGACACUGAGUCCAUUAGCUGGAAGUCCAGUUAAUCAGCCAUCACAUCAAAUGUCUGGAAAUAUAAAUUUUCUUCCCGCAUUCCUAAUGGGAGAAUCAACAACGCCUGUAACAAAUCCAAUGUCUCCCAAUAACGCGCGAAAUUUGGCAUUCGGACAACAGCAACAACAACAUCAUUAUCAACAACAGUCACAUCAUCCACGGGAUGUCACCCAAUCGCCAAACGAUUUAAACAGAUCGAUUUUACACCAAAAGUCACUGUUCGGAUUUCAGUCACCGCCGCCAUCGAAUGUUAACAAUGGUCCACCGACAAAGGGCUUAUUCGACGCCCUACAAGAAGAGAAAAACUUCAUUGAACAUUCGCCAUUCAACCACAGCCAAUUGAAUCGCUCGAAUCGGCCAGCGACUAGUGCCAGUUUCAAUCAAUCAUAUCAAUACAAUCCGAAUCAAUCGAUCAACGAUUCGUAUCUGAACCAGAGCGAAUUCCAUACAUCUCACAUUAUGUCACCGCCACAAUCGUACGAUUUUCGUCACAGCAUGGCCAAUUCAUCCAAUAUGAUCUCAUCGCGGCAAUCAAGUUUCUGGAUCACCGUUUUCGGAUUCCCGCAAUCGGCCACAUCGAUGAUUCUAUCGCAUUUCGCUCAAUGUGGUACGAUUGUGGAAAAGGUUUUUGCACCGCAAUGCGGCAAUUGGAUCCACUUGAAAUACUCGUCGCGAUUGGAAUGCGACAAGGCGAUCAACUAUAACGAACGAAUUAUCGGUACCGGUUUCAUGAUCGGUGUGGUAUACUGCAAAGACGAGUCAAUUGUCGAUAAGGAAAACAUCGAGAAAAAUAGCAGUCUACCGGUGAAUCGUGUUCGGCCAUUAGCUCACGUCGCGUACAAGAAUGCUCAAACACCAACCGAAGUUGCGGCUAGUCCAACGGCACCGAAAAAAAGUUCCGGUAUCAUCAACAAUGUUAUGGAAUCGAUAUUUGGAUGGUAAAAGAAGGUGAUAAUCGAAUGUGUCGAGCGAAUUGUGCAUACACCACCGUCACAGCAUAAUUACCAGCAAUAUUUUUCGUUUAUAUUUUUUUGUUGUCGAUAAAUGAAUGACUCCAUUCUGGAUGGGGUGGUGGGGUCAUUCAUUGCAGCACGUGAUGAACAUAACUCUGUCAAAAUUUAGUGUUAUGCUAAUGAAUAUACAAAAAGUAUUUCGAUGUGACUAAA